CGCCAGCUGCGCGCAGGUUCGCGAUUCAAACUGCGGUUCCGUAGGGUCGCUAUCUGCGCCGGUUCGGCCGCAGCCGCCGCUGCGUGCGGACAAUGGAGCACCGCAUCGUGGGGCCCGGGCCAUACCGGGCCACAAAGCUGUGGAAUGAAACGGUUGAACUUUUUCGCGCUAAAAUGCCAUUACGAAAACAUCGCUGUCGUUUCAAAAGUUAUGAACAUUGCUUCACAGCAGCUGAAGCUGUGGAUUGGUUACAUGAGCUGCUGAGGUGCAGUCAAAACUUUGGCCCCGAAGUGACCCGCAAACAAACUGUCCAGCUGCUUAAAAAAUUCCUGAAGAAUCAUGUUAUUGAAGACAUCAAGGGAAAAUGGGGUCAGGAAGAUUUUGAAGAUAAUGGUCACUUGUACAGAUUUCCUUCUUCUUCACCCCUGAAACCAUAUCCAAAGAGGCCCCCAUACCGAAAGGAUGUUAUUAAGUUUCCAGAAUGGAAUGACCCUCCACCGGGCACAUCACAAGAGAAUAUCCCAGUGAGGCCAGUUGUGAUGAAUUCUGAGAUGUGGUACAAGCGUCACAGUAUUGCUAUUGGAGAGGUACCGGCUUGCCGUCUCGUCUGCCGCAGACAGCUGACAGAGGCCAAUGUGGAAGAGAUAUGGAAGUCUAUGACGUUAUCAUAUUUACAGAAAAUCCUUGGCUUAGAUUCUUUAGAAGAAGUUUUAGACGUUAAACUUGUCAACUCCAAGUUCAUCAUCCAUAAUGUAUAUAGUGUGAGCAAGCAGGGAGUUGUUAUCCUUGAUGACAAGUCAAAAGAACUUCCUCAUUGGGUGCUGUCAGCAAUGAAGUGUUUGGCCAAUUGGCCUAAUUGUUCUGAUUUGAAGCAGCCUAUGUACUCAGGAUUUGAAAAAGAUGUCUUUAAAACUAUAGCAGAUUACUAUGGUCACUUGAAAGAGCCCCUGCUUACAUUUCACCUUUUUGAUGCCUUUGUCAGUGUAUUAGGUUUGUUACAGAAAGAGAAAAUGGCGAUUGAAGCAUUUCAGAUUUGCUGCCUUCUCCUGCCACCUGAAAAUCGGAGAAAGUUACAGCUGUUGAUGAAGAUGAUGGCAAGGAUCUGUUUAAAUAAGGAGAUGCCACCACUCUGUGAUGGUUUUGGCACCCGAACACUGAUGGUUCAGACGUUUUCCCGUUGCAUCUUGUGUUCCAAGGAUGACGUGGACUUGGAUGAGUUAUUAGCAGCUAGGCUGGUGACGUUUCUGAUGGACAAUUCCCAAGAGAUUCUGAAAGUCCCUUUGGCCUUGCAGACCUCCAUAGAAGAGCGUGUGGCGCAUCUACGAAGAGUCCAGAUAAAAUACCCAGGAGCCGACAUGGAUAUUACUGUAUCUGCUCCAUCAUUUUGCCGUCAAAUCAGUCCAGAGGAAUUUGAAUACCAAAGAGCAUAUGGCUCUCAGGAACCUCUAGCAGCUUUGUUGGAGGAAAUCAUAACAGAUGCCAAACUCUCCAGCAAAGAGAAGAAGAAAAAACUGAAGCAGUUUCAGAAAUCCUAUCCCGAAGUCUACCAAGAACGAUUUCCUACACCAGAAAGUGAAGCACUUCUGUUUCCCGAAAAACCAAAACCAAAACCACAGCUGCUAAUGUGGGCACUGAAAAACCCUUUCCAACCAUUUCAAAGAACUAGAAGUUUUCGGAUGUAAUAUUUUUACAACCAUUAGAGAUCUCUGUUGUUUUGCAUAAUUGGGUGGUUAGAGAGCAUGGUGGUGGAAGAAAGAAGAGCAGAAAAUGUAGACUAAUGAAAUAUAAAGAUUAUCUGACUUCAAAAAAUUGAAGCCAUUAUCAGUAUUUUUCUAAAACUCAGUGCUAUUUUUAAAGUGUAAAAAUCAGUUAAAAAUUAUGAGACCUAUAUAGUGGUAAUGUUAACCUGUUUGUAAUUGUUAGAAAAUUUAAGGAUAUUUUUAUUUUUUUAUUUGUUCUUUUUCAUGGUGUUUAUAAAAUAAUUAUGUGUGUAUCCUAGUUACCAAUGUCUUUGUUACAACCAAGUCUCAAAAAUAGUGUAUAUACUUGAAUGAAAGACACUGGCUACUUUUACUGUGAUGCUGUUGACUUAAUAGUCAAUAGUGAUAUUUCCUGUGUAAAUUCUGUUUUUAAUUGUUGCACAAAGAUUCCUAAAUGUCCUAUGUUAUGAUGGCUGUAUCUUUUAUUGCAGAUUUGUUGGAUACAAUGACAGAUUUUACUAAAGCUGGUUCCUUUAUAACAUAUACUGGUUGGUGUUUACCUAUAAGCAGAGUAAAUUUUAAUCUGCCUGCAGUGGUAUAAUUUCAGUCUUGGUUAGAGAUGGAAAAUUGAAUGGGAUAAAUUCCUUUGGUCCCUUUGGACAUGUGAUUCUAAGUCAAACCUUUGUCGUUUCAUGGAAACACAAAAGGGUUAAGUAAAAUGAGACUAUAUUUCUUUAUAAAUAUAUUUUUCCCAGCUUCCUCAUCCUUUUGAAAGUAAAGGGAAUGUAAAUAAAUACUUUUUUUUUUUUUUUAAAUAUUGUACAUGGUGUUUCUUUUUUGGCAUUUAUUUGGGUCAGUUAGAGAGCAUCCUCAAAUGUUAAACGUCAUUGCCUUGGCCACUGUUCUCACAUCAGUCACUUAUUUUUAUGAUAAAAUAAGAAGUGAGAUUUUUGGCUUUUGUACUAGCCUUUAGGAGGGUGCUUUGUCCAUUUCUUUUGCUUUGCUUUAUGCUCCUGCAAAUAGUGGUACACUUGAAGGCUUCUGAGAGCAACUACCCAAAAAGCUGGAAGUAACACUCACUAAUGGGCUGGUUCUGCUCUUUGUUCUGAUUUUUCCUCGUACUAGGGAUCUGCCCCUAUUCUUUUGUAGCAAAAAUGCCUCCUACGGUUGACUCAGAUUUUGUUUACUUAAAAAUGGAUAAAAGUAUUCAUAUUGGUUUGGGUACCACCUUACCUUGCAAAUAUAAAGUAAUGGGAAUUUUUAGUGUUUUAGGAUUUAUUCUCAGACCUUGGAAUUCUGUUUCAAACAAAGAAUAAGUCUGCUUUCUGCUCUAUUUGCUCUUCUAGGUAGAGUUUACUUUUCAGAGUCUCCUUUCCUAUUGGUUAUCUUUGGAAAUAUGUUCCUUUUCUUUCUUCCUUUUGUUCACCUUAAUAUUACUUUUCUUUUAAAUAUGACAUACUUAUGGAGAGAUCAUAAAACAUCACCAUCACCUAAGUGUGAAAUUGAUGUAUGGCUAAUAACAACUUUUCAAAGUGGUUGUACCAAUUAACACUCCCAACAGCAGUAUAUAAGAGUUCGUUUUGUUUAACAUCCUCACUAAAACUUACUACUGUCAGAGUUUGAAUUGUCAGUGCAUGGUGGGUGUAUACAGUAUCUCAUAUGGUUUUACUUUGCAUUAUUCACAUGGUUGAAGACUAUUUCCAAAUAUUUUUUGACUUUUUCCACUUCCGUUCAUGUUUUAAUAUCAGCUUAUUGAACUACACACACACCCACAAACAGACACUGUUGAGAUUUUGAUUUGGACUGUAUCGAAUUUAUAAAUCAAUUUGUAGAGAAUUGCUAUCUUUAUAGUAUUAAGUCUUCUAAUCCAUGAACAUAGUUUAUACCUCCAUUUAUUUAGAAUAAAUGAGAAAAAUAUUUAAAUUUCUCUGUAAAGAUUUAGAAAUCUUUUGUUAGAUUUAUUCCUAGGUAUUAUGUACAUUUAAAAAAUGUAAGUAUUAAAAUUUUCAAAUGUAUGUAAAGUAAAGAUAAUCUUACCCAUUCCUAGCUUCAACAAUUAUUCAACUGGUAAAUACCUUGAUGUUUGAUUCUAUUGUAAAUGGGGUUAUUUUAAAAUUUUCAUUUUCUGUUUGUUGCUCAUAUAUAGUAUAUAAAGCUAAUUUUUAUGUACUGAUUUUUGUACCCAA